CGCCUUUCUUGUUACGGCUGUGUUCCUUGACAAAACAACAAAAUUGACGGCAUAGCGCCCAAACAUAAAUAAACAUCAGAUUUUCACACUUUCCUUUACAUAAUUGUUGACAUCGCUUUGCACCGACACAAAACAAAAAAUUAAAGUGAAUUAAGCCGAGGGCCUUGUUAAAACAAUUAACCAAUUUUGCAUGACGGUGUAAAGGGACUUGAUAGGUGUAUGUAGAAGUUUUUCACCAAAGGCGUCAAAGCGAUUCUCAUGAGAAAUAAAAGAAUAUCCAAUAUGUUUGAAAACGUUGAUCAGAUUUUAUCAUCUGAGUAAAUAUCUGACGGGAGUUCGGAUCUGACAUGAUAGUAAAGGAACAUCUGUCCUGGUUGAAUGUUAAAACAUUGUAGUUUCACUUUCACAAUUUCAUUUCAGAGUUCUAAAAUAUAACGACGAUGUUGCUUGUUACCUUCCUGAUUUCCUGUGUAUUUGCGGUCCACGGAACAAAAACUACACUUCAUGUUGCAGAAGAGUCCGAUCUAAAUUAUCUCAUUGGACACGCCGGGAACGAGGUCGUACAAUCUUUACCAGAAUCAGCCCGUUCAGAUCUCGUCUACAGUAUGAUAGGAACCGGCGAACAUACAAACCUUGUCAAACUGAACAAACAGAACGGCAACCUGUAUACAGCGGAACUCAUUGAUAGGGAGUCCACGUGUGGAAAUCGAGAAUUGUGCUCAAUUAAUCUCAAAGUGGCGUUAUAUUCUUCCAAAGCCAGUUACUUUGAGAUCUUGGAUGUGGAGAUUCUGAUAGACGACAUAAACGACCACGCUCCGAGCUUUGCCCUGGAUAGCAUUAACGUCAAUGUCCCCGAGUCUACUCCAGUAGGAACCAUCAUCACAUCGGUCACAGCCAUCGACCGCGACUCCACGCAAAAAUAUCGCAACGUCACUUACGACACACAGAUUACAGAAAUGUUCGGGCUGCAGGUUAUACAGACCAAAGAUAAUGUUCCAGUUGCAUCGCUUAUCCUGCUCCAGCCCUUGGAUCGUGAGUCGAGAGAGGCCUACAGUGUUCUGGUAUCGGCGGCGGACGGAGGACACAAAUCGGAAUCCAGUGAGAUCAACAUCGACAUCACAGUCACAGACGUCAACGAUAACUACCCACAAUUCGGGCAACCCAGUUAUAACAUCUCAGUCCAAGAAAACGCCACUAUAGGGACCAUCGUCUUAACAGUGACAGCGUCUGAUGAGGAUGUUAGGGACAAUGGUCGCGUCACUUACGGGAUUACAGGAGAAACCACCUUCUUCUCAUUGUUUUUUAUGAUUGACAAAUACACUGGCGAUAUUUUGGUGAAAGGAGAUCUGACCCGCAUCAGUGGUGAGCACUUUGAGCUUGAGAUAGUGUGUGAAGAUCAUGGAGAGCAGCCCCUGUCGUCAAAAGUGAACUUAACUCUCUCUGUACUGGAUGUAGUGAACAAUCCCCCGAUGAUUGACGUUAACAUUCUGUCUGGAGGAGGCGGACGAACAAGCGACAACCUGACGGCCCUGGUACCGGAAUCCUCGGAGACGGGCACUGUAGUAGCAUUCCUGAGCGUCACAGACAGAGACAUAGACGACAACGGCAAUGUCUCCUGCUCUGUGUCCGGCCGGGAAUUCGAGCUCCAAGAUGUUCCUUCCUCCGGAUACAUCAUCGUCUCACGGCUACCACUCGACAGAGAAACUACGAACAAAUAUGAUUUCACAGUCACGUGCAUUGAUGCAGGAGCCCCUCCUCUCUCUUCGACUGUCAGCAUUACAGUUCUCGUCCAAGAUGUCAAUGACAAUGCCCCGGUGUUCAGCAAGAAAUCUUAUUUUGCAUCAAUCGUCGAAAAUAACGAACCUGGAAAACAGAUAGUUUCUCUUCUGGCUUCAGACAAGGACUUGGACAACAACUCUCGGAUAAGAUAUUAUAUCCAAGGUAAAAACUUAGAUUUUGCAAUAGAUUCCAGAUCAGGUGUCCUGAAAGCCAAGAGGAGUUUUGACAGAGAGCAUACCGGCGAAUAUGAAGUAACAAUUGUAGCGACAGAUUCUGGUUUCCCUCCUCUCACUGCAACAACAACAGUUUUUGUGUCAGUCAUCGAUGUUAACGACAACGCACCGAUUUUUAAAGUAUCACACUUCCAGUUUUUCGUACUAGAAAAUAUGCCAGCCGGCAUGAAGGUCGGACAGCUGAGUGCUACAGACAAAGAUGUCGGUGUAAAUGGCAAUCUGUUGUUUUCUGUCACCGAGGGUUAUAAAAAUACCAUUCCAUUUAUUGUUUUCCAAGACGGUUCCAUAAAAACAAGUGAAACUCUAGACAGAGAGGAGAAAGAUCGAUAUGUGUUUCAGGUUAAAGCUUAUGAUUUGGGUUCCCCAACAAUUGUGUCAACAGCUGACGUCACAGUUCGGCUUGUAGAUGACAACGACAAUGCCCCGGUCAUCAAUUACCCCAACAAAGAAAACGAGACAAUCGUUGUGUUUUCGGAAAAAACGGUCGGCUCCACGGUUGCUGUGAUCCAAGCAAACGAUGCCGAUGAUUCAGGGCCGAACAGCGACCUUGAGUUCAGCAUUGUUUCUGGAAACGAACAGAAAGUUUUUAUCCUGGACAAUACAUUUGGAACCCUCAGAAUAAAUAAGGAGAGAGAAAUUCAAGUAGAUGAAACAUUUUCACUGCGCAUUCUUGUGAGUGACAAGGGCUACCAUAGGAAAACUGCAGAAACAAAGUUAAAUAUCAUUCUCAAAUAUGUGGAUGAAACGAGACAGUCAGAUGGAGGACCACGCAACGCCAUGGUAACCACCUCUGUGGUAGCAAUUACUGUGGUUGCUGCGGCUGCCAUAACCACUAUUCUCUGCAUCUUUAGGAGAAACGCCCAAAAGAAGAAAAAAGAAAAACAGAAUCGUGCCCAGCCUAUCAAGCAGUCUCAGCAAGUAGUCCCCAUAGAGAGCCUUAUCUAUAAACCCGUGGCACCAAAACAGGUCACCUUUACCGAGGAAAAAGAGCUGAAAAAAGCCGAUAUGACAUCAUCGACAACAGACCACGAAGACCUAGACAACAUGGAGCUGUAUAAUUCCACAGGAACCUCCAUGUUUACCAACUCGCUGAUUGAGUGCAAGACCAAAAUGCUGAUGGAUGAUUGCAGUGACGACUCGGAUUGCGGGACCAACUACGACAGCGGGAAAGGUGGAAGCUACCUGGACGUCUAUAAACUUAAUAGAAUGAGAAACCUUGGAUAUUUUGGUCCAAAACGUCCACCUAUUGAAAAAAUGGAUGUUAUGGAUAUUAUAUGAAGAAAACUGCGGACUGUUCUGUGCAUAGAGCACACAGUCAGCCGUACAUGAAACCCCCCAAGUUUGGAUUUGAGAACACGCGGCAAACGAUCCCAAGUCCGACAGCCGGAAAAACAAUUGCUACGAUGUUGAGAAACCUCGGAUAGUCCCAAAGGACAAGUGGCAAAGGACACAGCAAUGGAGACAAUGUCUGCAGAGAUUUAGUGCUUUAUGAAAACAAGAGAUAGGUACACGUGCAGUUCUGUUCUUGAUUAACCAUUGAAUUUAAAUUGAGUUUAAAUAGUGCUACAAAUGUGACAAAAAGAUGUCAUCAACUAAUAUAUUUAGGAAAAUAAAUUAAUUUCAUUUGCACCUACUUGUACAUGUACAUGUAUAUGCUAACCAUGUGUUAUUGUAUUGAGAUUCUAAUAUAUUUGUUUUUUAAGAUUCAUAAUAAAUU